UAUUAUUAUUAUUAUUAUUUUUAAUUUACUUAUUUUUCUGUUUUUUUUGGUCCUUUCCUUUUUUUUAUUCUUUUUUUUUAUUUUAAUUUUUUUGUUUUUGUUUGGUAUAUGUUUCUUUUAUGUUGCUAUCGGAUUUAAGUCAUUUAUAUGUAUAAAUGUAAUUGUUUAUGAAAUGAACUCUGCUUAUUUAAAAGGUGCAGUAAUAUUGUUAUAGGGAUGGGGGUAUAAUUUGUUUAUACAAUUAUUUAUUGGAAUUUGUACAGAAUACCAAUAAAAAGACUGAGCAAAAAAAAAUAAAUAAAGUCGCUCUGCAUCAAAACACAGUAUAAUAUUUUGAAUAUGUUGUCACUACAUUAAGCUCCCGGCUCUAGCCACACCCUUGGCAGGGCCGCCUGAACACGUUGAACCACUGAUGACUCCCAGAGGGUGUGUCCUGUCACUGUGAACCAGACCAGUGUUCACCUCCUCCAGACUGGAGAGAAGAGAAGACACGCAGCAGCAGAGCCGGAGCAGUGUGCCUCUCUGGAGGAAAGUGAUCAUCCCCUAGUGGGUCUCUGCUCGGAUAUCUGAGACUAUACUGGAAAUAUAUUAUACAAGACCUAUUUUCCCUUUUUGAGGACAAGCAGCUCGGAUACUUGCAGGGUUUUGUGACUCCUGUAACCAUGGGGGACGUGGUUUCCUCUCACCUGGAUGAGAGCAGGCGGGAAAUGAUAACAGCUCGGACCAGAGAUGUGAUGAAGGAGUUCAGUGAUGUGUACGAGCAGCAGUACGCAGUCGCUCUCUUUAAUAGCGUCCGCUUUGAGAUAGAAGGAGGCGGAGGAACGCAAGCACAGCUGCUUCACAGAAAGGACCCUCUGGCAGGCCGGUCCAUCUUCUCAGGGAGUCUGUUUGAGUAUCUGGAGGAGAAUCGGAAGUGGAGGAAUCGCUUUGUAUCGGUGCCAAACAGCUACACAAUCAGCCUCUAUGAGAGCAAAAAAGCACACGAACGGGGCCUUCACCCGAAAUCAACCAUCAACUGCGCUGGAUACAAGGCCCUGACCUCAAUGGAGGAAUACAUGGAGCUGAUUAAUACCAGUCUGCCAGGUAUCAAGGCCAAAGUGGGCAGUAGUCCGUUUAUCAAGUGUGCGAGCCAGUUCCCCCUCAUCCUGUGGCACCCGUACGCCCGCCACCACUACUUCUGUGUGAUGACAGAGAAGGAACAGAAGAAGUGGCACGCAGUGCUGCAGGACUGUGUCCGACACAGUAACAAUGGUCUACCAGAGGACUGCACCGUUCAGACGCCAGCCUUCACCGACGCUGUGAGACUUUACAGACAAGCCAGAGGACACCAUGGGACCUGGGACAUGAUGUGCGGCUCACCCCCACAGAUUCUUGCUAACCUGGUGAUGGAGAAGCUCCACCCAGAGAUAAGAGCCGUUAUCGGACCUCGUCUGAGGGGGAAGAUGCAGCAGAGGCAGAGGCAUUGGAUGUUGAUCUCUGAUGCACUGUACAAGCAGGUGUUGUCUCAGACCACCGGUCAGUAUGAAGCAGUGGUGGAGGGCUGCGAGGCCCAGAGAGUUCAACUGGACGCCAGACUGCGAACUGACAUGGACCAGAUCAUCACGUCUAAAGAGCAUGUCAGCAGCAAGAUGAGAGCUCUGGUGUUGCCCAAGGCGGAGCAGAUCCUACGGACAAACAUCCAGCCCUACAUCAGCUCCAUCCUGGAGGCCCUGAUGGAGCCCACCAGCCGGGGCUUCUCCGAGGUCAGGGACGUCUUCUUCGGGGAGAUGGUGGAGAUCAGCAAGAACUCGCUUAAUGGAGGGGGCAAAGACAAACUGGGAGACCACAUGGAGAGGCUGUCCAUGCUCGCCUUCCACCCAGUGAAGAUGCAGAGCUCCUAUGAGAAGGUGGAGCAGCUCAACCUGGAGGGGCUGCAGCAGAGGUUCGACGUGGCCAGCCCCUCGGUGUUCGUCAGCAGGGCUCAGAUCCUCAUGAGGGGGCAAAUGGACAACGCAGUGUACACAUUUGAGCAGCUGCUCAACCAGUCCUUAGAGAUCAAGGGAGACGGUGACAUGUGCAAGACCAUCCAGCGAUGCCAGGACAGAGUUCUCAAGAAAUAUGAUUACGACAGCAGCACAGUACGCAAGAAGUUCUUCAGAGAGGCUCUGCUGCAGAUCAUCAUCCCAUACAUGCUGCAGCAGCUCUCGCCAUCCUACUCAACUGAGCUGCCUCGCUUCAAAGAGCUAAUCUUUGAGGACUUCUCCCGUUUCCUGCUGGUGGAAAACAUGUUCGAGGAGGUGGUGCUGCAGUCUGUGUCCAAGGACAUAAUGAUGGCUGUGAAGGAGGCAGCUGUCCAGAGGAGACACAAUCUCUACAGGGACAGCAUCAUUCUGACCAACAGCGACCCCAAUCUGCACCUGCUCGGAGAAACCGAAGCGGUGGACUGGGCCGCUAAAUUUGGGGGCGAUGAGCCGGAGGGCUCUGUUGAAGGUGGCGGAAUUGGAGGAGGGGGUUCUGGGAGCAGACGCAGGCAGGUGGUGUCCAUGAUCCAGCUGGACGGGGUGCCUCUGCCCUUUGAGUCCUGCCUGGAGGUCCCAGGUGUGGAGCUCAUCCCUGAGGAGGACGCCGAGAUGUUUGAGUGCAAAGAGGAAGACAUCGGGGCGGACGAGGACGACCUGUCUGAGGAACCCAAGUCUCCUGACAGCGUGUGUGAAAUCAGAGACCUGAUUAAUCCAGUGGUGGAGGUGGCAGCGGCAGAGGCAGAGGCAGAGGAGGGCCAGAACGACAUGACCAACGGGACGGAGGCGACCACGGGCACCAUCACCAUGGAGGACGGGUUGGAGGAGGACGUCACACACGUCACCACCUUGGUGGAGAAAGUCCCCAGGAAAUCUAUUCGAGACCAUGCGUCCGCGCGGACAAUUCUCCAGGAGCUGGUGGGAAACAAGAAGCAGGAAGCUGAUAAGAAGCACCAGGAGGAAGCAGCCAUCAAGAACGCCAUCGAGGAAAUAGAGAUAGCGGUGCAGCAAGCUGACAGUGAACCGAUUGCUGAGGUUUCCGCAGUAGAGUCAGAUUGUGAGUCGGCACCAGCGGCCAUCAAGAACGCCAUCGAGGAAAUGGAGGUAGCGGUGCAGCAAGGUGACAGUGAACCGAUUGCUGAGGUCUCCGCAGCAGAGUCAGAUUGUGAGUCGGCACCAGCGGCACCGCCGGCUACAGACUCCAGCCCGGGUCACGACAGCGGCUUCCAGUCGCCGACAAACGAGGGGCUGGACGAAGGUGAGCCUGAGCCAAUCACAAACGGUCUGAACGGAGAGGACAAAAUGAUCGACCCGGUAGAAGUGGAGGUGGCUGUGGCGUAGGAAGACAAUCCUCUGAACAGAACUCUAAAGGCUCGGAGAGAAAAGUGUGCAUCACAUGUAAUGGGAGAGAAGCAGAAUGAAUAAUGGACUGUAUUUAAUGGUUUAAUUCAAAGCGUUAUUGCUGUUGAUAUUGCAUUGCACACUCCUAAACUGACUCUCCCAGCCUCCACUAGACUUUUUUCUUUGGUGAUUGGUUCCUUUCUACGCAGCUUAGUGAAUCUCAAUGCGAAAUUUCUUCAUAUUUUGUGUAUGACACUGAUUUUAACAUAUCUGCUCCUUUAUACUAUGUUAACAGGCGGAGGGUCCGUCACAAGGAUCAGGGAUUUUAAAUUGGCAAUUAGGGCUGGGCAAUAUAUCGAUUUAAUAUCGAUAUCGUGAUAUGAGACUAGAUAUCGUCCUAGAUUUUGGAUAUCAAAAUAUCGUGAUAUGGCAUCUUUUCCUGGUUUUAAAGGCUUUAAAUCAUUUUCUGAACUUUCCAGAUUGUUCUAUUAUUUGCCUUUACCAAUUAUCAUUAGUCAUUAUAGCCACAUUAAUGAUCGUUAUUUAUCAAAAAUCUCAUUGUGUAAAUAUUUUGUAAAAGCACCAAUAGUCAACCCAAUAAUAUCGUUGCACUAUCGAGGUAUUUGGUCAAAAAUAUCAUAUUCGAUUUUCUUUAUAUCGCCCAGCCCUAGUGGCAAUCUGCUUUUUAAAACUUUCAACAUAAGGGAGAAACUCUAAACAACAACUACAUCUAAGUUAUUAAUGUUUUCAAGUUAUGUUAAAGGUUUGUUUACAUCAGUAAUGUCUGUAAACACAGCAGGAAAUCAGACCUAUAUUUGUAUCGCUUUAAUGAUCACAGCCUCUAUCUGGGCAGCAGGGGGUGCUACAAUCCUUUAGAUGUUGUAUGGGGAUUUGUUUAACUACUAUGUUUUUAAAAUACCGGUAUCUAUUUUUGUAAAAUGUAAUUUUCUCAUGUUGUCUGUUUACUUUGAAAGCUUUUCCUGUAUUUGCAAGUGGCCUUAACGUUUCAACACUAGAUAUUUUAGUACAGUCUGUCAGGAAUGAUUUGCACUUCCACUGUGAUUUGAUAAGUGAGAUGUUCUCAUCUUUUUUUUGACAACAAAACAAUCAAAAGUCAUUUGGUAAAUAAUACAAUAAAUAAUGGCUCAUUUACUGGUAGGAUUUUGAUGAACUUGUAAUCAGAGGGAGCUCUCGCUGUGAUUAUGAGGGAGAUUCUUGGUGUCAACUUCUGUUCCCCAAUUUUUUACUUCAUGAAAAGAACGUUGAGUCAAACAUGAUAAUUUUCUAUUUAAAGCUUCUAAUUCAAUUUAAGUUUUAAAUCUGGGUGAAAUAUAUAUUUUUUAAUUAAUGUCAUUUGGAUGAAGUGGAGUCUAGUGGAGUUCUAUUUCCAUAUCUGUAUAAAAAAAUGAAAGUAUGAGUGAUAUUCACCUGGUGGAAGACAUUUGUUCAUGAUAAGGAAACACUGGUGACACUGGUGUUCUGAGGUUUAAUAAACUAUAAAUAUUAGACUUUAAUUCCUGUAAUAUCAUCAGUGUGUAUAACUAACUGUUUGGCAGACAAACAGUUAAUAUAAACGUUUUUGGUAGCGCAUUAUUUUCAGGGUGCAGAAUAAGUUUCCAGGAAAUAAAUUGAAUAGGAAAAUUAUUGUAUAUACAGAGUACACAGAAGUACCAGAAGUGGAAUUCAAGUAUGGAGAGACAGAAUGGAAUAAAAUAAAGUAAAAACAUAAUUUUUCAUCUUCCUUUUUAUUAGAAUUAGUAGGGCUGCCACCUCUUGGUCGAUUAGUCCACUGGCUCCCAACAUGGGGCUCCUGACCCCCACUACGAGUCCCC